CCUUGCUGUGCCAUUUGGCGGAGAACGAGCAAGCUUCCGACGAAAUUCGUUUGGUUUUUCUGACAUUUACAGAUCCUUGUCAAUAUUGCCAUAACAGCGCCUCAAGAAAGCACCGUCAACAGCCACCUUGACACACUGGACACUUUUUUAUCAAUCGAACGUCAAUCACAGCAUGGAUCCAAACGGGCAAUCCCCAGCAGUUCCAAGGGGCACUACGGCGAACCGGGAAGCAAGAGCCAAAGAAAUUCUCUCCAAGGACACUAAAAAAGUACCUGAGUUUCAAUAUCAGAAAUUGAUGAAUGAGACCGCUCGUAAUUGGGAUCUAUUUUAUAAGAGAAAUACAACAAACUUCUUCAAAGAUCGGCAUUGGACAGAUAGAGAAUUUCCAGAAUUGCGACCCUCCGGCGGCGAGAAAUCUUCAAAGAAAUUGCUAGAACUGGGCUGUGGGGUGGGAAAUUUUCUCUACCCAUUACUAGACAUCAAUCAAGAGCUUUUCAUCUACGCGUGCGACCUGUCGACGCGAGCUGUUGAUUUCGUCAAGGCAGAUCCGAAAUAUGCUGAAGGCCGCUGCAAAGCCUUUGUUUGCGACAUUACCAAAUCGCCUCUCACCGACAGCAUCCCCGCCGAAUCACUAGAUCUGAUAUCUGCACUAUUUGUGUUAAGUGCAGUACCUCCAGCCAACAUGUCAGCAUCAAUAGAAAAUCUCAAAACCGUUCUUAAACCGGGAGGAAUCGUUCUCUUCAGAGAUUAUGGUCUCUACGAUGCUGCCCAGCUCCGCUUUAAACCUGGAUCAAAGAUGGACGAGAAUUUUUAUGUUCGACAGGACGGAACCUUCUCUUAUUUCUUCAGUACAGAGCGCCUAGAAGAACUGUUCAAAGUAGCCGGGUUCGAAGUGCUUGAAAAUCAAUACGUCGUUAAGACGGUGGUCAAUCGCAAGCGGGACUUGUCAAUGGAACGUGUGUUUGUUCAGGCUAGAUUUCGAAAAAUGUAGAUUCUCUAAUUAGAGGGUACAUAGAAGAUAGAAUGAUAAACGUAUUAAAAUAUUGCGCGACUAUUUAAAUGCAAAAUAUUAGAAGGCAGUUUUAAUCACAA